UCUGUUGCCAGAGUUCCGCAGUUCUGUUGGGAGGCAAGCGUGUGCAGGGUGCCGUGGGUACAGGGCACUCGGCCGGUGGGCAGCCUCUCCUCCCAGGGAGGAGAAGGAUGGCAUAGUGUCCCCGCGGGCGCAGGCUGCAGCAGGACAAAGUGAAGGACGACCAGGAUGUGCCGUGUCUUACGACUGUAAGAAGAGAACUGUAAAAUGUCACUGUUGGAGACACGGAGAGAAUAAGGGGAGAAGAUGACGUCAGAGAUCCCGAAAGGAGAGGGGGACCAAGACCCCGGCUGGGGCGCCCCACCGGUGCGCAGGCCCGUCGGUCGGAAAUGGGAGAGCACACUUCAAACCUUCAGGAAAGAAGUGUGCUUCACAGAUCGUCCAUGUUCCAACCUGCUGCCUAAGCUGGGCCGCUCCCAAGAGCACAUCUGCUGUAAGUGCCGUGCCAGGUUCAGGGGCCACCUACCUGUGCCCAAGGCCGAGGCAGCACUGCCUUACUGGGUCCCUCUGUCCUUGAGACCCCAAAAACAGGCCCCGAAGAUGGUCCAGCCUCGUGUCUCCACACCCGCCAAGGCCUGCCUCUGCCCAUGCCAUCGCUUUGGGGGCCUGCUCCCGGUGCCCAGGGACCAGGCUGUGAUGCCCUACUGGGUCCCCCGGGGGCUGAGGUCGCAGAAGAAGGCGCCCCCUGGACUCACGCUCCCGGCACAGCCACCGGCAGAUCUGCGAUGGGGACAGCUGCUCAAGGGGCAGCUACUGGCCCUUCCCCAGGAUGAGCUCCGGGCCCCAGGGCGGGCAGCCCCUCAGCCUCAGCAUUGUGAGCCUCCGCCCAAGUGUCGUCACGGUCGUUCGCCAGGCAUUUCCAGUUUGACUUUACCAUUUGCACCCACCUGCAAGAACAUCAGUAGGAACGUGAGGCGCGGUCAAGAUCCCCAGUGAAAGGCCUUGGUGGGAGGAGCCUGUGAUGACCACUAUUUUCCCGUAGGAUGGAUUCACACCCGGGGCUCAGCCCAAGCACUGCUGCCUGGCGGCUCUUAGCCGUAGCUGUGUGGGCGUGGACAUGGGCACGGUUCUGGUGUGCGCGCAGUGAAUAAAUGUUUUCUGUGAACCUGUA